GUGACUUUGCAUUGCACUUUUGGCCUGGUUUCUUCUAGUCACCGUUACAAGCGCGAUUCAUACAAAAAUGAAGACAAAAUUCGAGGCAUUACCAAUUGUGAUUCUAGGAAUAUUAAGCGGUUUCGCUCGGGCAUGUAACCCUCCACUAAUUUCUCAAGGUCAUAAGAAUUUUUUUAGUAGACUUCCAGGAGCACAGAAAUUAAAUACUCUGGCAUUGAUUGGUACCCAUAAUUCUGCGACAUAUAAAUCUCCAUUACCAAUAGCACAAACCCAAUCAUUGACAAUAACUCAACAAUUGCAUUUCGGAAUACGUGUAUUUGACAUACGUGUACGUCGAAUUGAUAAUGUCUUUACGAUACAUCAUGAUCUGAUGUACAUGGAAUUGGCGUUUGGUAAUAUAAUAAAUGACGUAAUAAGCUUUUUGGAAUCCUACCCACAAGAGCUUGUAAUAAUGUUCAUGCAAGAGGAGUAUGUGGCAGAGAACUCGAAUAUGAACGAAUGUGAGAUCUUGCUAAAUAAAUAUAUUCUACAGCAUAAUAACCAAAAAUAUUUUGUUCAAAAUUGGUCAGUAGAAGACACUAUCGAAAAGCACCGAGGAAAAAUUUUAUUAGCGUCAUCUCACCGUGGAUUCUGGCAGUGUACAACGAAGUUGCCUUGCAGAGAACAGAAUGAGUGGAAAUUAUCUUCUAGCUUUACUCUAUACCAUAAGUGGAGGGCUAUCAUAUAUCUCCAACAUGCUAUCAAUAUAUCUAACCCAAAAAGUUUAUGUUAUAUCAAUUAUUUGUCUGCCCAUAGUGUUAUCAUGAGUCCUUAUGAAAUAGCCAAUUACCCCCACCAAUCAUCAGUUAAUAGGAAGCGUUUUAUACAACCUAGUAUAAAUCAGGGAAUGUCUGAAUUUUUCUGUAAUUAUGGAAAUGUAUUAUAUAUUGUCAUGGCUGAUUACCCGACUACUGAGCUAAUAGACACAAUCGUUAACAGUAAUUUUUCCCCCUUCUUGUGUUGAUGAUUACGAUGAU